AUGACCACUAAGAUUGCGGUAGUUGCCAACCUCUCGCUUCAAGUAUUUCAACAGCAUGCAUUACGAACUCUGACAGCAUCUCCUAGUCAGCAAUUAAGAGGUCAUUCUCCGUCUUCAUCUAUUGGAAAUUCUCCCAUAACUAAUUUUGGUGCACUCGAACAGCUCCUAAAGAAGAUAACCUCUCCUUCCAGUCAUGUUAAAAAUAACACAUCUAGUGGCCAUGAUCAUUUGUUUGAAGAUAACUUGCGUCGCUUAAUUACAACCCUAAAAAAUCUAACCUCUCAUGAUGUCGGGUUAGAUCUACGGUGGAUUUCUGACACAACCUCAUAUGCUGCGCCUGUAGUUUAUAUUCACAUUAUGGAAAACGAAGUCUUUUCCAUGGGGAUAUUUGUUCUAAGGCCCGGUUCACGCAUUCCCCUGCAUGACCAUCCAGGGAUGUUCGGCAUCUUGCGGGUGCUGUAUGGAUCACUUCGGUGUCGUAGCUUCACUCGUUUAGACGGAGAACGGGCUAUAUAUCCUGGAAGUCCAUUGGCAUCUGCAUUAUCACCUCUAACCACUUCAGCCUCUUCGCGUUGGCAGCUAACUGACCUUGUGGUCGUACAGCCUCAUCAGGACACUAUUCUUAGUGUCGACAGUGAUCCUUGUCUACUCACUCCUUCUGAAGGGAAUUUGCAUGAGCUGACUGUCUGUGAUGAGGCGGCCGUCUUUCUCGAUAUUCUUGCUCCUCCCUACGAUCAUGAUUUAGGGACACGAGAAUGCCGUUUCUACAGAGAAGUGAUACUUCCUCAGCCUGUUUUGAUUAGCUCUGCUGCUGGAGAUAGUUCUACAACUACUAGUAUC